AUGGAUGAUUGUACUCUAGGCCCAGAGAAGGAGAUACACGGUCUUCCAGAUGGUGCUAAAAUUAAUUUUGUUACCUGGUCAAAUGAUGGUCUGCACCUAUCCUUUAGUGUUCGAAUUGAUGAGGAGGAUGGUAGACUGGUUCGUCUUCUGCAAAACUACAAAGAAAAACCCAAGAAAUAUAACAUGGAUGACAGUGGAAAUUUGAAGUCCAAGAUAUCAAAAAAAUUAAACUCAGAAGCUCAAGCAUCCAAGAAAAGGAAGAAUGUAGAUCAGAAAAUUGUGGUGGAAGUGAAAACGCAAGAAAGUGAUAAAAAACAGAGAAGUGAAGGGCCUCCUCCUGAUUGUUGGUCUUGGAGAAAAUAUGGACAAAAACCAAUCAAAGGAUCUCCAUAUCCAAGGGGUUACUACAGAUGCAGCACAUCAAAAGGUUGUACAGCCAAAAAACAAGUGGAAAGAUGCAUAACAGAUGCAUCCAUACUCAUCAUUACCUACACAUCCAAUCAUAACCAUCCAGGGCCAACUUAUCAUUCCUCCACCAAUCAGAAUCAAGAGUUCAUUGAACCUUCACUCCCAGAAGUCACAGAGGAUGUUCCCGAAAUACCAGACCAAGAUCAAGAACCAGAAAUGAAGGAUCAAGAAACCCCAUUACCCAGUGAUGACCGUUUCCACUAUUCCCUUUCUCCUUUCAAUUCUGCUCAAGAAAUCAUUAUGAAUCAAGAAAUGAACCUUUUCACAGAAAAUCUGCAAAACCCAUAUGAUUUUGAUUCACAAAGAGUGCAUAUAAAUGAAGAGCCCCUUUUAUAUUCUCAUCCAAUUAACUUCUCAGCAUCUAAAUCAGAAGAAAACGACUUCUUUGAUGAGCUUGAAGAACUACCCAUCUCUUCAUUUGCAACAGAUUUCAUGAGAAGCAGUACUUUAUUUGAGGAAAGGAUUCUUGUAGACCUUUGUUGA